AUGGGCAAGCAGGAGCUCCAAGUCCUGAACGCUCUCGACGUCGCAAAAACCCAACUUUACCACUACACAGCCAUCGUCAUCGCCGGAAUGGGAUUCUUCACCGACGCCUACGAUCUCUUCUGCAUCUCUCUCGUCACCAAACUCAUCGGCCGGAUCUACUACCACGUCGAAGGCUCCGACACGCCUGGUUCACUUCCCCCCAACGUCUCCUCUGCCGUCAACGGAGUUGCCUUCUGCGGCACUCUCUCCGGCCAACUCUUCUUCGGCUGGCUCGGCGACAAACUAGGCAGGAAAAAAGUUUACUGCGUGACACUCGGACUGAUGAUCGUCUGUUCGCUGGCAUCCGGCCUCUCCUUCGGCCGCUCACCCGCCGGUGUUAUGGCGACACUCUGUUUCUUUCGUUUCUGGCUCGGUUUCGGUAUCGGCGGCGAUUAUCCUCUUUCCGCCACCAUUAUGUCGGAAUAUGCUAAUAAGAAAACACGCGGGACUUUCAUCGCCGCCGUUUUCGCGAUGCAGGGCUUUGGUAUUCUCACCGGCGGCGUUGUUACUCUUCUUGUCUCCGGCACUUUCAGAGACAGAUUCAAGGCGCCGGCGUACAGUGUCGAUCCGAUUGGCUCCACCGUCCCGCAGGCCGAUUACGUCUGGCGAUUAAUUCUGAUGUUCGGCGCAGUACCGGCGGCCAUGACCUUCUACUCUAGAAUGAGAAUGCCAGAGACCGCUCGCUACACCGCUCUCGUCGCCAAGAACGCCGAGCGUGCCGCUGAAGACAUGGCCAAAGUUCUUCAAGUCGAUCUCGAAAAGAACAACUCAACAAUAAUGGAGGAGAAAACAACCAAACAAUUCGGUCUAUUCACCAAAUCCUUCGCUCGCCGUCACGGCCUCCACCUGCUCGGCACCACCACCACCUGGUUUGUUCUCGACAUUGCCUUCUACAGCCAAAACCUCUUUCAAAAAGAUAUUUUUAGCGCCGUGGGAUGGAUUCCAAAUGCCGCGACGAUGAACGCGUUAGAAGAGCUCUUCAAGAUUGCCCGAGCAUCGACUCUGAUAGCGCUCUGCGGCACUGUUCCGGGGUACUGGUUCACCGUCGCUCUAAUCGAUGUGAUCGGGAGAUUUUGGAUUCAGAUGAUGGGAUUUUUCUUCAUGACUGUGUUUAUGCUGGGACUUGCAAUUCCUUACCACCAUUGGGCUUUGCCGGGGAAUCACAUUGGGUUUGUAGUGAUGUAUGGGUUGACCUUCUUUUUCGCGAAUUUUGGGCCGAAUAGCACGACUUUUAUCGUGCCGGCAGAGAUUUUUCCGGCGAGGCUGAGGUCGACUUGUCAUGGGAUAUCAGCCGCGGCGGGGAAGGCCGGAGCUAUAGUGGGAUCGUUUGGGUUUUUGUAUGCGGCGCAGAAUCAGGAUAAGGCGAAGGCCGAUCGAGGAUAUCCAGCAGGGAUUGGUGUGAGGAACUCGCUCUUUGUGCUUGCAGCCUGUAAUUUAUUGGGAUUGUUGUUCACUUUGCUGGUGCCGGAAUCAAAGGGGAAGUCUUUGGAGGAAAUGUCAGGGGAGAAGGAGGAGGAAGAAGAAGAAGAGAUGAAGGAGAAGACUACUUUGAUGGGCAAGGAUGGGGACGACAAGGAAAUUGCCAGCAUAAGCUUUUAG